CAGAAUCUGAAGCAGGCUCCAGACUCUGAGCUGUCGACACAGAGCCCAACGUGGGGCUCGAACUCACAAAGCACGAGAUUAUGACCUGAGCUGAAGUUGGAUGCUUGACUGACUGAGCCACCCAGGUGCCCCUACAUCUAAAUUAUAAAAGCAAUAUGCUAAAUUUUGGCACGUAGAGAAAAGAAAAAAAUAGCCUCACAUAAUUAUUACAAUAAAUCUUGACCUCUUUCUGUGUCUCUAAAAAUGUAAAGUUGUUCUGUAGUAUGCAGAACAUUUGGGAUACUACAUUUUUCCAUAGUGAUAUAUUUUUUUAAAGUUUCUUUGUUUAUUUUGAGAGAGAGAGAGACAGUGUGAGUUGGGGAGGGGGGGAGAGAGAGAGAGAGGGAGAGAGGGAGAGAGAGAGAAUAUCCUAAGCAGGCUCCUCACUGUCAGCUCAGAGCCCAAUGUGGGCCUCAAACUCACGAACUAUGAGAUCAUGACCUGAGCUGAAGUUGGAUGCUUAACUGACUGAGCCACCCCGGUGCCCCCCAUAUCAAUAUUUAACCAUCAUUGUUAUACAAUAUUCCAUUUAGUGGCACACAUCAUUUUACUGUGGUGGGAAGAUCAUGUGCUUCACUGUCAUGCAAAAUGCUCUAACCUGUGAUGCUGGGUAUCUUGUGCUUGUAGUUUUUCCUAGAUUUGGGCAUAUUUCCUUAGGUGAGGUUUACAAAAUGACUAUUCUUCUCUUUCUAAUGUUAAAAAUAACAGCAGAACCAUUUGAUAGAAUCAUUUUUUCCCCCCAAAACACAGGACUUGUUUUACUUAUCCCCUCCCUGGACAAUUGAUGAAGAAAUGGUGGCACCAUUUUACCCAAACAGUAGUUUGAAUGUAUUCACCACAGCUUUGAGUGAUUUGGUAAAAAGAAAUUUUAUGUCUGUCUGCCAAGUGACUUUAGCAUUUGAGUGAUUAAGAAAUAACUUUGAAGACUGGUGCACCUGGAUGUCUCAGUCGGUUAAGUGUCCCACUUUGGCUCAGGUCGUGAUCUCGUGGUCCAUGAGUUCGAGUCCCAUGUCGGGCUCUAUGCUGACUGCUCAAACCUGGAGCCUGCUUCAGAUUCUGUGUCUCCCUCUCUCUCUGCCCUUCCCCCACUUGUGCUCUGUCUCUCAAGAAUAAAAACAUUUUUAAAAAUAUUUGAAAGGAAAUAACCUUGAAGACAUUGUUGGCAAGCAUCUGAUUGAAUAGAGUUUUGUUAUUCAUGUGACUUAGUAAGUGGAAAGUUUAUGUGUAAUCCGUCACUGCAAGGUGUCUGAAGACUUGCACCCAACUGCGGGUGUCGACCAUGUCGAAUGACACUCCUUGAGUGCUUCCUAGCAGCCUUCUCAGACACUCACCCAAGAGUUGCAGAUGGGUCUCCCCACAGAAGGGAAACUGCUAGAGCGUGCAAAUUAUAUGCUUCAAAUGAUAAUCCAGGGAGCAUUCUGUGAUCUUGGAAACAUCCACAGGUCGUACAGAACAGAAGCCGCACACGUUAUCGUAUUUAAAACUUUAAUAAUGAGACAGCCAAUGAGAGGGGAGAGAGAUGGGUAAGAACCAAAUUUAUUUAGAAUAUGCCAUGUGGCAGUAAGGACAGUGGGGAAAAAUAAAACACAGGAAGGGGACUGGGCACUGUGAAGGUGUGUGUGUGAGAAGGUGGCAGGCAGGGAAGCCUGGGGGAGAUGAUGGUAGGAACCGUGUGGAGAUAUCUCCGGGAAGAGUGUGUCAGGCAGAAGGGCAUCCUGGGCAGAGGCUCCAAGACAGAAAAGUGCUUGGCCCGUCUGAGGCUCAGUGAGGAGCCUGGGUAGCUGGUGUAGAGUGUUCUGGCAGAGUGAGGGAAGAAAGCCUUGUUCUGUGUCUUUUAAAGAGAAUGAGUGUGGGCAUCUCUUGAGGAGUUUCCCUUUAAAGGGGAGCAGACGAGUAAAAGAGAACCUGGAAGAGGAUAUGAGGUGAUGGGGAGAGGUUUUAAAGAUAGAGAAAAUGGCAGCAUGAGGUUUCCAGACAGGUCCGACCCAGUGGCGAGGGGAAAAUCCGGUGACUUAAGAGAGAGAAUGUUGCUGGAAGAUUGAUGAAGUCAGAGAAGUUGUUGGGGUAUCUACAAGGGCAGGACUUGCUUUAGAUAUGGCAGACUAUGGAAUGUAUGUCUAAAUGCAGGAAAGUUGGUAAAGGUGGAAACGGGAGUGUGGAGAUAUUCUCCUUCUGUUGUUUCUUUGCUCAGUGGAACACAGAGUGCACAGUUUUGCAGCCACGGGUAGGGAGGAGAUUUCUAUAAAGAGAGGAGAAAUGGCAAAAUAGUCACCUAGGAGAGAGGAAGAGUCAUGGAGUGAGGAAAAGGUGGUCAGGUUGCAGAGGCUAAACUAAGGACCCUGCAGAGAUCAGUGGUCAUGAAUUUAAAAUAGAACUUGUCGAGUGGCACCUGGGUGGCUCAGGUCAUGAUCUCAUGGAUUGUGAGCUCGAGCCCUGAGUUGGGCUCUGCACUGACAGUGCAGAGCCUGCUUGGGAUUAUCUGUCUCUCUCUCUCUCUGUCUCUCCUUGAGCUCUCUCUGUCUCUCUCUCUGUCUCUCUGUCUCUCUCUCUCUCUCACACACACACACACACACACACACACACACACACACAAAUAAACAUUUUUUAAAAAAAUAGAACUUGUCAGUUACCAUGAUUAUGUGUUUUUCUCCAGCCACAGUCAGCAGCUUUGGAACAUGUGCAGAACAAGCAGAGACUUGCAUUUAGAACAAGGCUAUGUUACGGUCUGCCAGAUCACUGGGAUGAAGAAGGAGAGAGAGGUGGGGGUGCGGGGGGUAGGUGGAAGGAAGGGUUGAAAAUGGCAGGAAAGAGGAGGCUGAGUGACAGCUAGGAAGUAUAGGAUCCGUGGAAUUUAGUCCCAGUGGCAUUAACAGAUUAUUAGACUGAGUACUAGAGGGAGCGAAUUGGAAAAUUAAGAGUUUCAGAAAUGUUUAAAAGAUGAGUAGAGCUUUCUAUCAGUUAGCUGUAACAGUGAGGAAAAGAGUGAAGUCAGAGAUGAUAUUCAGGCGCUUGCUUGGGUUGACUACAUUAAAUAUGGUUUCCAGACUCAGGUGUUCACCAGGCCAAGCAGAUAUGAGUAUCAGAAAACAGGAGUGAUCUGGGACUGUUGUGAACUGGCAGACACGUGGUCCUUCUGAGAGGGGACAACUCAGCUGGGGUGGUUGUUGCCAUGCAGUAAGUGGAUCCCAGACUGCUAGAUCUUCCAGUUUUAAAAGCAAGAGUCAGAUUUUUAAUGUGCAAUCUCUCAAUUUAUAAAUGCUGACUACAUUUUUUUUUCUUAACUAUACAAUGGUAAAUUAUAUUUAGAUCCCAGACCCCUUUUCCCUUGAGAACAGUCUGUCCAGUAAAGAAAGAUUUAUUAUAUACAUGAAACUGCAUCUAUACUUCACCUUAAGAAGGAAUUUGAAGCGGAGCGCCUGGGUGGCUCAGUCGGUUGAGCGUCUGAUGUCACCUCGGUCAUGAUCUCACAGUAUGUGAGUUCGAGCCCUUCAUCGGGCUCUGCGCUGACAGUGCAGAGCCUGCUUGGGAUUUCCCUCCCUCUCUACCCCUCCCGGCACUCUCCCCUUCUUCCCUUCUCUGUUUUUCUCUCAGUAAAUAAAUAAAUAAGUAGUUUAAAAAAAAAAAAAAAGCUUUAAAAAAGAGAGAAUUGGAAGCCACAUGAGGUAGAGGCAAACUGGGUGCCGAGCUGUGUGGUCCAGGCCACACAGCGAGAGCAGUUCUGAGAAGGGGCCCAUGAGAGGUUACAAAGCGCUGGCCAGUGUGGUGCUGAUUAUGUGCUAUCUCCCAGAACCAUGGGCCUUGCCCUCAGGCACGAAUUCUUUUGUGGUUUCCAUCCCAUUAACCUUGAACAGUUUCACUGAACUUUAUUUUUAGCUUCUGCUUUUCAUUUCCAAAUUGAUAACUGAAUGCAGAAGCAUUGGCCCAGAGUGGCAAGGCCAUGGGUUGGGGGGGUACCACUGGCCAGGAGCUAAGAGGUGGAGUUGGCGCUGGUCACUUUAUGCCUUUCUGUGAGCUGCUCAUGGGUCUCAGUCUGGAAGCAGUUUAUCUGUGCCUCUGCAUAGGUGAUGUCUCUGGAAGAUCGGGUGCUAAAGGCCUGCCCAACAGAGCAGCUGCCAGGGAAGGAGUCAUGAAGCUAAGACCUUGCUCCCCUGGGAAUUGGGCCCAGGACUUCUGUUUCUCCUUAUAAUCUUGCCUAAGAGCUUCCUCUGGCCAUGUGCUGAGAGAGGAGACUGGAAACGUGACCGUAGGAAUGUUUACCCUUGCGGAAGUUGCUUCACUUAAUGACAUUCAACCAACUUAUCGAAUCCUGAAACCAUGGUGGGACGUGUUUAUGGAUUACCUGGCUGUCGUUAUGUUGAUGGUAGCCAUCUUUGCGGGAACCAUGCAACUUACCAAAGAUCAGGUGGUCUGCUUGCCGGUAUUGCCAUCUCCUGUAAAUUCAAAGGCACACACCCCACCAGGAAAUGCCGACGUUACCACCAAUAUCCCCAAGAUGGAAGCAGCCACUGACCAAGACCAAGAUGGGCGGACGACAAGUGACAUUUCCUUUGGCACAUCUGCUGUGACACCUGACAUACCUCUCAGAGCCACAUACCCUCACACAGAUUCGACAGUUUCAAAUCAGGAGACAAAGAAAGAGAAGAAGGAUCCAACAGGCCGAAAAACAAACUUGGAUUUUCAGCAAUACGUAUUUAUUAAUCAGAUGUGUUAUCAUCUGGCCCUUCCGUGGUAUUCUAAGUACUUUCCAUACCUUGCUCUUAUACAUACUAUUAUUCUCAUGGUCAGUAGCAACUUUUGGUUCAAAUAUCCAAAAACAUGCUCAAAAGUAGAACAUUUUGUUUCAAUAUUAGGAAAGUGCUUUGAGUCUCCGUGGACUACUAAAGCGUUGUCUGAGACAGCGUGCGAAGACUCAGAGGAAAACAAGCAGAGAAUAACAGGUGCCCAGACUCUACCAAAGCAUGUGUCUACCAGCAGUGAUGAAGGGAGCCCCAGUGCCAGUACCCCGAUGAUCAACAAAACAGGCUUCAAAUUUUCAGCCGAGAAGCCCGUGAUCGAAGUCCCCAGCAUGACCAUCCUUGAUAAAAAAGAUGGGGAGCAGGCCAAAGCCCUGUUUGAGAAAGUAAGGAAGUUCCGUGCUCACGUGGAAGACAGUGACUUGAUCUAUAAGCUCUACGUGGUCCAAACAUUUAUCAAAACAGCCAAAUUCAUUUUUAUCCUCUGCUAUACCGCAAACUUUGUCAACGCAAUCAGCUUUGAACACGUCUGCAAGCCCAAAGUGGAGCACCUGACUGGUUACGAGGUAUUUGAGUGCACCCACAAUAUGGCUUACAUGCUGAAAAAGCUUCUCAUCAGUUACAUUUCCAUUAUUUGUGUUUAUGGUUUUAUCUGCCUCUACACUCUCUUCUGGUUAUUCAGGAUACCUUUAAAGGAAUAUUCUUUUGAAAAAGUCAGAGAAGAGAGCAGCUUCAGUGACAUUCCAGAUGUCAAGAAUGAUUUUGCGUUCCUUCUACACAUGGUAGACCAAUAUGACCAGCUCUAUUCGAAGCGCUUUGGUGUGUUCUUGUCGGAAGUCAGUGAAAAUAAACUUAGGGAAAUCAGUUUGAACCACGAGUGGACGUUUGAAAAACUCAGGCAGCACGUGUCCCGCAACGCCCAGGACAAGCAGGAGCUGCAUCUGUUUAUGCUGUCAGGCGUGCCCGAUGCUGUCUUUGACCUCACAGACCUGGAUGUGCUCAAACUUGAACUGAUUCCGGAAGCUAAAAUUCCCGCUAAGAUUUCUCAGAUGACUAACCUCCAAGAGCUUCACCUCUGCCACUGCCCUGCAAAAGUGGAACAGACUGCUUUUAGCUUUCUCCGAGAUCACUUGAGAUGCCUUCACGUGAAGUUCACCGAUGUGGCAGAAAUUCCUGCCUGGGUAUAUUUGCUCAAAAACCUUCGAGAGUUGUACUUGAUAGGCAAUUUGAACUCUGAAAACAAUAAGAUGAUUGGACUUGAAUCUCUCCGAGAGUUGCGGCACCUUAAGAUUCUCCACGUGAAGAGUAACUUGACCAAAGUUCCCUCCAACAUUACAGAUGUGGCUCCGCAUCUUACAAAGUUAGUCAUUCACAAUGACGGCACUAAACUCUUGGUACUGAACAGCCUUAAGAAAAUGAUGAAUGUCGCCGAGCUCGAACUUCAGAACUGUGAGCUGGAGAGAAUUCCCCAUGCUAUUUUCAGCCUCUCAAAUUUGCAGGAACUGGAUUUAAAAUCGAAUAACAUACGCACAAUUGAGGAGAUCAUCAGUUUCCAGCAUUUAAAACGACUGACAUGUUUAAAAUUAUGGCAUAAUAAGAUUGCCACCAUUCCUCCCUCCAUCACCCACGUCAAAAACUUGGAGUCACUUUAUUUCUCUAACAACAAGCUCGAAUCCUUACCGGUGGCAGUGUUCAGUUUACAGAAACUCAGAUGCUUAGACGUGAGUUACAACAACAUUUCGGCGAUUCCCAUAGAAAUAGGAUUGCUUCAGAACCUGCAGCAUUUGCAUAUCACCGGGAACAAAGUGGACAUUCUGCCAAAACAGUUGUUCAAAUGCGUGAAGUUGAGGACUUUGAAUCUGGGGCAAAACUGCAUCACCUUCCUCCCCGAGAAGAUUGGUCAGCUCUCCCAGCUCACUCAGCUGGAGCUGAAGGGCAACUGCUUGGACCGCCUGCCAGCCCAGCUGGGCCAGUGUCGCCUGCUCAAGAAAAGCGGGCUUGUUGUGGAAGACCAUCUUUUUGACACCCUGCCACUCGAAGUCAAAGAAGCAUUGAAUCAAGACAUAAAUAUUCCCUUCGCGAAUGGGAUCUGAACUGAGGUGAUACGUGCACAUCCGUGUGCAGGAACCACUUCCUAGAUUGCAAACACUCACGUACAAGUUAUUGCAAGAUAAUGCAUUUUAGGAGUAGAUACAUCUUUAAAAAUAAAACACAGAGAGGACGCAUAGAAGGCUGAUAGAAGACAUAACUGAAUGUUCCAUGUUUGUAGUGUUUUCAGGCAUUCCUUUCCAGAUCUUUUCUCUUUUCUUUUUUUCUUUUGGGGAAAGGGAAGGAACGAUUAUAAUCACUAAUCUUGGUUUCUUUUUAAAUUGUUUGUAACUUGGAUGCUGCUGCUACUGAAUGUUUACAAAUUGCUUGCCUGCUAAAGUAAAUGAUUAAAUUGGCAUUUUUCUUACUCUA